AUGUUGGCCUCUUCAUACUCCCACGAUGAAAUUCUCAAGAUCUUGGAAGACCCCGCGUUGUACCAGCAGAAACACAUGGAAAUGCGCAAUGACCUAAUGAAACACAUUACGCAGCAGGACCUCGUGAUCAACGACUACAACAACGAGUUGGAAGUGUGCAAAACCGCCAACAAGGCCUUCAAACAAGCGCUUUCGGAAAUCGGAACCGUGGUCAUCUCGGUGGCCAUGGGGGAUUUGUCGAAAAAAGUCGAGAUCCACACCGUGGAAAGCGACCCCGAGAUUUUAAAAGUGAAAAUCACCAUAAACACCAUGAUGGACCAAUUGCAGACGUUUGCUAAUGAAGUGACAAAAGUCGCCACCGAGGUGGCCAAUGGUGAGUUGGGGGGUCAAGCGAAAAACGAAGGCUCGGUUGGAAUAUGGAGAUCAUUGACCGAUAACGUCAACAUUAUGGCUCUAAACUUGACUAAUCAAGUGCGAGAAAUCGCCGACGUGACAAGAGCCGUCGCGAGAGGCGAUUUGUCGAGAAAAAUCAAUGUCCAUGCGCAAGGGGAAAUCUUGCAAUUGCAAAUGACCAUAAAUACCAUGGUGGACCAGUUGCGCACGUUUGCUUUUGAAGUAUCCAAAGUCGCGCGAGAUGUUGGAGUCUUGGGGAUAUUGGGCGGCCAAGCAUUUAUCGAAAAUGUCGAAGGUAUAUGGAAAGAAUUGACCGAUAACGUUAAUGCCAUGGCUUUGAACUUGACCACCCAGGUGAGAAAUAUUGCCAAUGUGACAACUGCUGUCGCUAAAGGUGACUUGUCGAAAAAAGUCACUGCCAAUUGUAAAGGUGAGAUUUUGAAUUUGAAACUCACCAUUAAUCAAAUGGUGGAUCGAUUAUUGAAAUUUGCCUCUGAAGUCACAACUCUAUCUAGAGAGGUGGGUACCUUGGGUAUAUUGGGAGGUCAAGCAAAUGUCCAAGACGUUGAAGGGGCUUGGAAAGCAGUCACUGAAAAUGUCAAUCUAAUGGCUACAAAUUUGACAAAUCAAGUGAGAUCGAUUGCUACCGUUACCACCGCCGUGGCCCAUGGUGAUUUAUCUCAAAAGAUUGAUGUCCACGCUCAAGGUGAAAUCUUGCAGUUGAAAAACACCAUCAACAAGAUGGUGGACUCUUUGCAAUUGUUUGCUUCGGAAGUGUCCAAAGUCGCGCGAGAUGUUGGUAUCAAUGGUAAGUUGGGUAUCCAGGCACAGGUGAGCGAUGUCGAUGGGUUGUGGAAGGAGAUCACCUCGAAUGUCAACACGAUGGCGUCCAACUUGACAUCGCAAGUGCGAGCUUUUGCGCAAAUCACGAAAGCUGCCACCGAUGGAGAUUUCACCAAAUUCAUCACGGUGGAAGCGCUGGGUGAAAUGGAUGCGUUAAAGACCAAGAUUAAUCAAAUGGUGUUGAACUUGAGAGAAUCGAUCCAGAGAAACACUGCUGCGAGAGAAGCUGCAGAGUUGGCCAAUAGCGCCAAGUCGGAGUUUUUGGCCAACAUGUCGCAUGAAAUCAGGACCCCGUUGAACGGUAUCAUUGGUAUGACUCAGCUAUCAUUGGAUACCGAGCUUACCCAGUACCAAAGAGAAAUGUUGUCCAUUGUCCACAACUUGGCCAACUCCCUAUUGACAAUCAUUGACGACAUUUUGGAUAUUUCCAAGAUUGAAGCCAACAGAAUGACGGUUGAACAGAUUGAUUUCUCGUUGCGUGGCACGGUAUUUGGUGCUUUAAAGACCUUGGCCGUGAAAGCCAUUGAGAAGAAUCUCGACUUGACCUAUCAGUGCGACUCGUCAUUCCCAGACAACUUGAUUGGUGACUCCUUUAGGUUACGACAAGUCAUAUUGAACUUGGCAGGAAAUGCAAUCAAAUUCACCAAGGAAGGAAGAGUUAGCGUUCGAGUGAGAAAAUCGGACAAGAUUGCCAACGAGAGCGACAAGUUGCUAUUAGAAGUCUGCGUUAGUGAUACCGGUAUUGGUAUCGAAAAGGACAAACUCGGGUUGAUCUUUGACACGUUUUGCCAAGCAGAUGGGUCAACCACAAGGAAAUUCGGAGGUACCGGUUUAGGUUUAUCAAUCUCGAAACAGUUGAUUCACUUGAUGGGCGGUGAAAUCUGGGUCACUUCAGAAUACGGAUCGGGUUCAAACUUUAACUUUACCGUGAGUGUUUCACCUUCAAAUAUAAGGUACACGAGGCAAACAGAACAGCUCUUGCCAUUCAACUCCCACUAUGUUUUGUUUGUUUCCACCGAGCACACCGACGAAGAGUUGGCCGAGAUCCGUGACGGCAUUCUCGAGCUUGGCUUGAAUCCAGUGAUUAUCAAGAAUAUUGAAGACGCAAACUUAUCGGAGCCCAUCAAGUACGACAUCAUCAUGAUUGACUCGAUUGCAACUGCCAAGAAAUUGAGACUCCUAUCCGAGGUCAAGUACAUUCCAUUGGUCCUUGUCCACCACUCCAUCCCCGAAUUGAAUAUGAGGGUAUGCAUCGAUUUGGGUAUUUCCUCCUAUGGCAACACGCCGUGCUCGAUUACGGACUUGGCAAGCGCAUUAAUCCCCGCGUUGGAGUCGAGGUCGAUUUCGCAAAACUCGGACGAGUCUGUUAGCUACAACAUCUUAUUAGCGGAAGAUAACCUCGUGAAUCAAAAAUUGGCGGUGAGGAUCUUGGAGAAACAAGGACACCAAGUCGAAGUUGUUGAGAAUGGGCUAGAGGCGUUUGAGGCAAUACAGAAGGACAAGUACGACGUUGUAUUGAUGGAUGUACAGAUGCCCGUGAUGGGAGGAUUCGAAUCCGUUGAGAAAAUCAGACAAUGGGAGAAAAAGUCAAACCCAAUCGACUCGUUGACUUUUAGAACACCAAUCAUUGCAUUAACGGCCCACGCAAUGUUGGGAGAUCGAGAAAAAUCCUUGGCAAAGGGAAUGGACGACUAUGUGUCGAAACCAUUGAAGCCGAAAUUAUUGAUGCAAACCAUCAACAAGUGCAUACACAACAUCAACCAAUUGAAAGAAUUGUCGAAGCAGAACCACAACAACAGGACGUCCGACUUUGCGAAAAAGCUAAAGAAGAGCGCCAUCAAGAAUGGCAACCCUAAUCUCAGCCCCAGAGGAGGCGGCCACUCAUUGUCGUCGCCGUCGUCGAGGAAGGGCGAGAAGAAUGGCGUUUUCAAUCAACCAAACUCGCCCAAGGUCUUGAACCUCUCGUCUUCCGGGAGCCCCAAAAUGGGACCAAAGUCGCACUCUUCCGAAUACGUGCCGUCCGUGCACCUGCUGAGACCGGGACAAUUGUCAGAGAACAACCGGUCGGCGACGGAGAGCAUGAUACAUUAUUCAAGCGCGCAAAUUGUGGAAAUUAACGACAAUGACGAUGCAAUGGAUGUUGAUGAGUCUAGGUAG